AUGAGAAAUCAGCAAAUUGACUUGAGCUCGCAACGUCGGAUUUGGGGGAACCGACCAAUCAGAGAAAACUCCAUCACCUGGGAGCCAAUAAGAACUCGCCACGUAACAACAAUUUUCAUUUGCCCCACAGUCACCUGCCCAUAUACUUCACCGCUAGAAAGCAAAGCCCAGCACAAAUGUCUGGCCACUGUUCAUUUAUCUGUAGCUCAACUCUUCCCAAACAAUCUACCGGUGGCUGUGUGUCUACUCGCUCGCCGCGGCUUACGGCGGGACUCCAUCUCCGGCAAAGAUGAACUCGAGGCUCGCAGCUUCCUUCUUUUGGUAUUCUGCUGGUCGUACUCGAACUUGCCGUUAAAAACCCUAACAUAUCUGUGCGCGCUCGCGUGUACAUGUAGGAGAAUCACGAGCCUGAAAAUUGCAUCAAGACCGACAGGAAUCUCUCUUGACCACAGCCUUCGCCAAAUUAACUGCUGCUUCCAGGCACAGGGCAUUGAGAGCUCAAAUAGGUAUGUUCACUCUUCUGCCAUUUUGGACGAUGAUUUCUCGGAAUUGGGUCCAGAAGUUUCAGAACAUUGUGCUAAUCGAAUACAAUUGUUCACUGUGAAAAAGGACUGUGUUACUAAAACCUAUAAACAGAAAAGAAAACCAGAUGGUAGACCCAUUCCUUCACAUGUGAGAUCAAGUGCAAAGGAAAUUGUUGCAUCCAUGGGACGUAAUUUUUCACGUUCGAAUUCAGAAGUUGGUGAUCACAGUCAUUCUUCCAUGUCAACUAACAACACUGUAAAAGUCACUGAUGUUGAAAGUCCUUGCUCUGUGCUAGUUAAGAAUAUAGUCCCAAGUGUUGGUCUCUCUGAACUAGUUGAGGCUAUUUCAGUUUUUGGGAAGGUCUCGGGCGCUUCAUUUACAGUCGCAUCCGAUGGAAACCGGAGUUGUAACAUAGAAUUUGAGGAUGAGGAGUCCAGCAGGAAGGCUAUCUCAGCUGGUAAAAUUGGAGUGGGUAGUCGAGAAUUUCCAGUUCAUCAUCCUCUUGGUGAUGUACAGAUAGUUACCUUCAGAAUCGAGAAAAUAAAUAUAAAGACCACUGAUUAUGUUAUUCACUCCAGAUGCAAGGUUAUGAGUGAAUUCAUGGGAUUAGCAAGAGCAAGUGAUGGUGCUGUAGAUGCGUUCUUUAAUGUGCGGAAUGACUCUAUCCAGCAUUCAAUACUUCAAAUGCUGAACAGUACAGUAAUUGAUCUCAGCCGCUGGUCGGCUCAUAUUGUCAAAAGCAAAUCAGCAGAACCCAAAACAAUCUCGGAUAAUGAAGCUAGACACAAUUUGGGCAUGCAGAUUAUGAAUCAUUUGUCCGAGCUAGGUAGCCAACUUCAGAUGAAAAAGAUUGUCCAGGAGGAUUUGGAGGCAUUAUAUGCCGGUAUAAUGCACAUAGAAGAUUCACCGCAGGCCGUUGAUUAAUCAGGUAGCUAAUGAGGUUUCAUUUCGUGCUUCGUAUAGUAUCAAUUAAAUAAUAAAAGAUGGCUAAUACUAUACACAAGUGGGAUUUUGGUUGAACUGUCUGGUUUUAGCGUUCUAGGCUAGGAGAUUAUGGUUAAACUGGCAAGUGAAUUGUGAAUUGUGAAUUGUGAUUCGAUUCUUUUCAUGAGUUUGGUCUGAGUUGUGUUAGCCGAAAUAUCACUAUUGGGCCUGGCCUGUAACUUUAUUUUAGCCUGCGACGUGGAUUUAUCUGGCUAGCCUGAAAACAAAUGUGAAAAGGUGUGGAAAAUGAAUGGCCUUAAAACAAAAAGGCAAAGCCAAUUUUUCUCUAGUCAGAAAGAGGAAGGUAGCUUUGGUAAACAAGCAGUGCUAUGUGACGUGUUCGAAAAGUUCAUGUCAUGAAUGACUUUGCUAAGCAAAGUAUGUGUUGGCAAAUUUGGGUAGAGUGUGAUUACAAGUCAUUUGUACGCUAUUAGACCAUGAGGGACCAGCGAAUCUUUUAGGAUUAGACAUUGUUCAUUUAUAUUAUACUCUAUAUUUGAAAUUUGGAUUGUUCUUAUUUCUUAUUAUAUAUAUAUAUAUA